UUGUCUCCUUUACAGUUAGCCUAUGGCAUUAUGCAUUUCUGAAAGUGAUUCAUAUGUUUGUAAGUUAGCUCAAACGCCCAAGUGGGUGAUCAGUGAAUUGCUUAGGAUGCGUAUACUCAUGCUGAUUGGUCUCAUUUGUCUCCGUCCAAGUGGAUACAGAUAACAACGGGUAUAAUUGAACAGGCUGUAGACCUGUAGUGUGCCCUUGCUUAUAGGGCGCAUUGCAGAUACCUGCCUUCAUUGUAAAGAUCCAGCUUAUUUGUCAUUUGGCCUUAUCCUUGUACCAGCUGAGCUUUUCUCUUUUGCCCUGCCAAUUCAAGUUUCGGUUCAGGAAGCCUGCAGUAUGGGGAAUCUGUGCUGCUGUGUUCAAGUCGACCAGUCUACCGUGGCCAUCAGGGAGCAGUUUGGGAAGUUCGACAGUGUGCUUCAGCCAGGAUGCCACUGCCUGCCUUGGAUCUUUGGGAAGCGUGUAGUUGGCCAUCUCACACUCAGGUUGCAGCAGCUGGAUGUGCGCUGUGAGACUAAGACAAAGGACAAUGUGUUUGUCACUGUUGUUGCAUCAAUUCAGUACCGACCUCUGGCUGGCAAAGAAAGCGACGCGUACUACAAACUGACCAACACAAGAUCCCAGAUUCAAGCCUAUGUUUUUGAUGUGAUCAGGGCAAGUGUUCCGAAGCUCAACCUGGAUGACGCUUUCGUGCAGAAGAACGAUAUAGCAAAGGCUGUGGAGGAUGAACUUGAAAAGGCUAUGUCAGCAUAUGGCUUUGAGAUCGUGCAGACCCUCAUUGUCGACAUCGAGCCAGAUGCGCAUGUCAAGCAAGCGAUGAAUGAGAUCAAUGCAGCUGCAAGGAUGAGGGUGGCUGCAAACGAGAAGGCAGAGGCUGAGAAGAUUGUCCAGAUCAAGCGUGCUGAGGGCGAAGCAGAAGCCAAGUACCUGUCCGGCCUAGGUAUCGCCCGCCAGCGCCAGGCCAUUGUGGAUGGCCUGAGGGACAGCGUCCUGGGCUUCGCAGUCAAUGUGCCUGGCACCACUGCAAAGGACGUGAUGGACAUGGUGCUGAUCACCCAAUACUUCGAUACUAUGAAAGAGAUCGGCGCGUCCUCCAAGUCCUCGGCGGUGUUCAUCCCCCAUGGCCCUGGCGCAGUGCGCGACAUCGCCACACAGAUCCGCGACGGUCUUCUUCAGGGCCAGUCUGCCUCUGACAACUAGCAGUUUGCUUCAGGGCCAGUCUGCCUCUGACAACUAGCAGUUUGCUUCAGGGCCAGUCUGCCUCUGACAACUAGCAGUUUGCUUCAGGGCCAGUCUGCCUCUGACAACUAGCAGUUUGCUUUGCCGGCAUGAACUUUAAAAGCUGGCGGUGGUUUGUGGUUUGCUAGCUAUUGCCUACAGUACUGUCUAAUAUGAUGCAUGCCGUAUUAUUAAGAACUUAUAUGGAACCAUAUGUGGAUCGUGGCAUGCCAUGCCUUAGGUUGAUGUGCGGUAACAAAACCCAUUAACCCUGUGGGAAUGCAGUGUGAUAUAAGCGUGUUAUAAAAUGUUGGUGAUGAACUUGAUCUAA